AUGAAAGUGGGUGAUUUGGAGUUUGAGUUCAGCGACGAAGAAGACGACAACGUGUCGGAUGGAACCGUCUCCGAUAUCGAGAGCGAAAGCGACUCGGACGACGAUUUUGCAAGCUCGGAAGCGUUCGUUGGAAAGAACGGCAAACGAUGGGGCACGAAGCCACCAGCUGAUGUCGACAUGGCUCCACCGAUAAAAGAUUUCGAUGCUUGCAAUGUUGGCCCAGCUCCACAUUGCCGGAAGUUUCGAACUGCUAAGGAGGCAUUCCUCGCCUUUUUGUCGUCAGACAUCAUCGACGAGAUCGUCGAAUGCACAAAUUUGUACGGGCGUCGCAAGCGAGAAUCAAGCUGGAAGGAUGUGACCAAGAACGAAGUUCUUAGCUUCAUUGCGGUUUUGAUCGCUGCCGAAUUGUUUGUGUGUCUACGAACCGACAACGUGCUCGACCGUAACGAUCGGUACAUGAAGUCGCACGAUAAACUGGAACCCAUCCGAAAAAUUUUGGACAUCUUCGUCAGUAACUGCCAGCGGAAUUACGUCCCACCGAAGGUUUUGACCGUGGACGAGCGGCUGUGCCUUUUCAGAGGUCGUGUUUCCUUCCGGGUUUAUAUCAAGAGCAAACCCGGAAAGUACGGUAUCAAAAUCUGGGUGUGCGCCACGGAGACCGGCUACGUUGUGGUGUUGCAGAUUUAUACCGGAAAAGGAAAGGAAGGACCGGAAAAGGGCCAAGGAAUGCGGGUGGUCAAAGACCUCGUUGCGCCCUUCUUGAACGAAGGGAGAGAGUUUCUUCGUACCAUGGAAACGGCUUACACGGGAACGAUGCGGGCCAACAAGGCCGAUAUUCCGCCGGCAUUUCUGGAGAAGAAGAAUCGUCUGCCUGGCUCUUUCCUGGAAGGGUUCGACCGGACAAUGACCCUUACGUCCUACUUCGAACGGAAGGGAAAGAAGCCGGUUGUGAUGCUUUCGUCCAAACAGUUCGAGGCCGCUCCGGCAGGAAGUAAGCCUUCUGUAGUGGAGUUCUAUAACAAGACCAAGGGUUUCGUCGAUAUGGGCGAUCAGCAGACGCGGCACACGACCGUUUCUCGCCGGAGCUGCCAGUGGCCGAAGAAGGUGCUUUUUGAGCUGAUCGACAUCGCUACGCUGAACUCCCAUAUCAUCCAUAAGGAGCUCCACCCAGAAUUCAAGGGAAGCCGAAGCGACUUUCUCCAAGAUCUUUCUGAAGAGCUGGCGAUCGAUCACAUGAGGGAUCGGCUACGUGGAGGACAUCUGCCGGAGGAGUUGACCAGUGCUUUGACGGAGUUUGUGGCCGAGUUCGACAGGAAGUUGAUGUGUGCUGAUUGUGUGCGGAAGGCGAAGACUGCUUGCUCAGCCUGCAACAGGCCAUUGUGUGAAUCGCACGGUGAGGAAUCGGAGAUUGUUGUUUGCAAGCCUUGCAACCAGAUGAACAAAAUUCCAGCGAAGCACUGUGAGCUGACAGAAAGUAAACGAUGCACCAAGUGCUCGAAGCGGCGAGUUUCGAAGACGAACACUCGUUGUUCCGCAUGCGAAGAGCAUGUAUGCAAAAAUUGUUCGGUUGUCCAACGGCAUACAUUUUGCAAUGAUUGUAAGUUGAUUGUGACGAGCUAG